AUGUCGAACUUGCAAACUACCAACAUUACUAACAUUAUAAAAACAUUAAUUCUACGACCACAGGAUUUUACGCCAAAGCAUGCACAAAUAGUCUUUUCCGGAAUGAUGCAACGGCCUACUCAUACUACACCAUCUCAAAUUGCGGCAUUUCUUGUAGCUUUAAAACUAAACGGUAAAGAUAAUGAUCCAGAAAUAAUUGCUGCUUAUUCGCUCAUUGAUGUGGUUGGUACUGGUGGUGAUGGAAUGAAUACUUUUAAUGUAUCAACUGCUUCAGCAAUAGUGAUUGCUGGUGCAGGGUGUAAAGUUGCCAAAUGUGGAAAUAGAGCAGCAUCAUCUAAAUCAGGUUCUGCAGAUAUUUUAGAAAAAUUAGGAUGUGAAAUCUCGAAAAUAACACCUGAAAGAGUUGCUGGGAUAAUAAAUAAAACAAAUUUUUGUUUUUUAUUUGCACAAGUUUUUCAUCCGGCUGUCAAGAAUGUUGCGCAGUCACGCAGUGAAAUAGGUGUACCGACCAUUUUCAAUCUUCUUGGUCCAUUAACUAACCCUGCAAAACCUAGAUAUAUGCUUAUCGGAGUUCAUUCAAAAUAUUUGGGUAGUUUAGUAGUCGAGUCUUUGAAAUUAAGAGGUGUGGUGAAAAAAGCUAUGGUUGUUCAUGGUGCUAUUGGUUUAGAUGAGAUUAGUCCUGAAGGCGAAACUUUUGUGAAAUACACAGUUACACCAUCAGAUUUUGGACUGGAAAGUCAUCCCAUAAGUUCAGUAAAAGGCGGAACGUCAACAGAUAAUGCUGAAUUAUUAAAAAGAUUACUUUCUAAAAAAAAUAGUGAUAAUCAUUCUACUAACGAUAAUAUUAAUGAUGGAGCAAUUUUAGAUUUUAUACUUUUGAAUUCAUCAGCUGCAUUAGUAGUAGCAGGUAUCGCUAAGGAUUUUAAAGAUGGGGUUAAACUUGCUCGUGAAAGUAUUACAAGUGGUGAAGCUUUAAAAGCUUUAGAAGAUUUUAGAAAAGAAACUCUACAACUUUAA